GUUGCAAACAACAGAAGUGUAAAAUUUUUGAAGAUGUAUUUAUUUAUCGCAUUUAUCGCAAGAGUUUUCGGGUGAGAGCACGUAUUCGGAGUGUAAUGGGUCUUUUGUUUCACCAGUGUUAUUUAAAAUCCAUUUAAAUUCAACGCAAAUCGUUGGCUGAUAAAAACAAGAACGUAGUUUUUUGUUGGCAGCUUGGAAGUGAAAGCACCACUUGCGUUGUUUUUGCCAUGAUGGCAGGAACGGAAAAAUAAUUGUUGCGAUUCGAUAUACUCGUAGCAGGUGGUCGUCUCCGUUAUGUAUAGAACGGAUAAUUCCCAGUCAUCUGGGUGCAUCAAAGAACAAAGUAUAGAUGCAUCACUGGCCGAAGCGGAGAAUUCAACUUGGCACAAUUUACUAAUUUCGAGUAAUGGCAGCUUUGACGAGAGAACACAGCGGAAGGAGGAUAGUAGUGCAUCGGAAGAUUUACUUUCCGCAGCGUCUACGGAAAUUUUUGAGGCUUCCGCAGAGCGAGCUGAUAUCUUGAAUGCGCUGCAAAAUUCCAGUGUGGUAAAUUAUGAUUCGGGGAAUUUUUCUUUUUCGGAAAGUUCGAAGGAAAAAACGGCUAUCAGUCCAAAUGGACACGAUUUGCACCAGCGGUUUGUGCAGCUGAACACGGAGCUUUAUCACGCUAAAACCGAGCUGUUGACUUACAAAUACAAAUGGAAUGAGAUUCGACAUGAGGUGGAAUUACAGUGGAACAAAAAGUAUCAGCGAAUUGAAGAUGAGAAGUUUGAUUUGGAGCAACAAAUCGGGGAACUGAAGGAACAGUUGGAGAAGGUCAUAACUUUGAAUGGAUCACCCGGAAUUCAGCAUUAUUUUUCAGAAGUUGCCAACUUUAAAACAGAUCUCGGUCAGCUUAAGCUCCAGUUGGAUUGUAAAGAUCAGGCUAACAGUAUUCUAAAACAAAAGUUAGCUGAGCAGUAUUGUGAUAAGGAAAGGCAGUCGAUUGAGUUAAGAAAAUUGGAGAAAGUUUUGUUAGAGAUACGAAAUGAAUUAGCUUCAGCGAGGAAGGCUGAAGAAUGGUUUCGUAAUGAAUUGCACGCUUGCCAAAAUACAAACACCAAACUUAGAGAGAAUAUUUUACUACUUCAAAACAGAGGUAUGCAGUAUAAACAACGGAACACUCAGCUCAAGUUUGAUUUACAACAAGCCAUUCUCGCUAGAGAAGAUGCUGAACGAAAUGCUGUGAAAGAAAAGAAAGAAUUAUUGAGUAAAUUAAAUUCCAUUGAAAAUCGAGACAAAUUAGAUACUGUUUCGGGGCAAGUGUUAAGUGAUUAUGGUGCUAAACUGAAGGAAGCACACGAUAAAAUAAAGGCCUUAACGGAGGUUAGUAACGGAUACGAACAUGAGAAAGAGCAACUCGUAUUCAGCAUUAAGGUGCUGAAUAACACACUCUCCAAUCAGGAUAUAUUAACCCAAACGUACAAAAAUAAGGAAGCACAGGCUGCAUCGACCAUCACAUCCCUGCAAGGUAAAAUAUCCCGCUUGAAUGCAGAAAUUGCACAACUUCAUUGUAAGAAUGAACAACUUCAAGCUGCAAUAGCGCGGUAUAGUUACACAAACAGAGAUCUAGAUGUCAGCAUCGGUCAUUUGCAAGCGCAACUGAAAGUUUUGUCGAUAAACUUCGAGAGCACGCGACAGGCGCUUAGUGUAAAGGAAUGCGAAUUGAAAAAGUUACAGCAGGAACAUUACGGGCUGAAGGAACAUUGCCAGCAGCAGUUGGACGCGUGUCGAUCUGAUUGGGAGACUCGAAUGAAGAUGACCGAAUCGCAGGCAGCAAAGCGGUACGAGCAGCUAUUGGACAAUUUUCGAAAGAUUCAAUCUAAGAAUUUAGAUUUGGAAGUAAAAUUAGGCCACUAUGCUGAACACAAUGAAAAGUUUCAAAAAAGUGAAGUAUUGGUAAAGCAACUGAAACAGGACAUAGACGAGCUGCAGGAAAAGGUCGUACAAGAUGCUGCGGCGGUUGUUGCAAGGAUGACGCCUAAGGAGGGAAGACCGUCAAAAAAGAAGACUUGUCCUAAGCAUGGCGUCGCGAUUCCCGAAGACGAUACCAAGAAUCUGAAAAUUCUACUUAAAGUAAUUGAGAACGAACAUAGGCACAAAUUGAAACGGUAUGAGCUAAACAACAGAACCCUUCUGAAAAAGGUAAAAGAACAUAAUCAUGCUAGAAAAGUGGCUGAGCAAAAGCUGGAAUCGAUACAACGUGACCUUGUCGGUGCACACUCUUUGCAGUGUGACUUGGCUCGAUUGCGAGAAAGAAAUUUACUCUUGGAAGCAGAUUUAGAAUCAUCGCAGCAGGAGUGCUCCAUUUUAAAGAAUGAAAAGUGUCGCUUAUUAGAAAGCCUAACGAAUAACGGCCUUUUGAAAGCGGAGGAAGACAUAUGGAGAACUUUUCAGCGCAUCUCUCAGGAGUUGCGAGAUCGGCAGCAUAUGCAGAAAGAAAAUCAACGGUUCAAAGAAAUGCUUCUUAUUAGCGAAGCUAAGGUACAUCAAUUAGAGGAAGAGCUAAAAAUAUCCCUAUCAUCUUUAGAAGAAAAGAGUUCGGUAAUUGAGAAUUUGAAGCUUGCUACCGAGUUGCAGCAAGUGGAAAGCGGCGAGAUCCGUUCUGCACUGACAGUAAAAUCGAUGCAACUGGAGGAUACUCACCGAGUAAUUAAUGACUUGAAUUCCGAACGAAACUCACUGCAAGACACCCUUGGAGGAAAACAACUGAAUGAAGAAAAGCUACUGGAAGAGAUGAACUCACUUCAAAAGCAACUGAAAUUGCGAGAUGUUCAACUGGAAACUGCAUGCAAAAGACUUAAAUUGCACGAAGAUUCAGAGAAGACGCUGAUCCAAUCUAUGCAUGGGUUUUAUAAAAAUUUGCAGCUCCUUCGGGAGGAGAUUGUGACUGAGAAGCAAGAAAAGCAAGAGUUACAGGUAACUAUUAAGGCCUUGAAGGAAAACUUUAGUCAAUUUAGGCUAUGUGAAGCAAAGAACUGCCAAAACAACAGUCAACCAGACAGCGCCAACAUAUCCAUUCCGAGCAUGGACACUAACUCAGAGCCACCAGACCUGCUUCCGCCGAAAUCACUAGCUGAAAUUAGCUUCAAUGAAGAAACAUUACAAAAUCUAAUUGCCGAAUGUUACCGCCGAGAUCAAAGUCUUCAUCCGCUACAAGAGAGUAUCGCUUCCUUACGUACGGAGAUGAGUCAUCUGAAUGUGCUUGUACGGCAAAAUAGCAACCAGCGAUAUCCGGUAGUUUCUCUAAUGGAAGAGCUGCAGGAUGCGACCAAUGGGGUGUACAGCAGUAGAUGAGUAUAAUCUAGAAAAUAGUGGAUAAUCCUUCGUGUUCUUGUAUGUACCAUUCAUUUGCAUACUUUCAACCAGAGUGAAAGUUAUGACUAAUUGAUAUGAACUUAGGAACAUUAAGGUAAUCAACAUCGAAAGAGGCGUAGCUGUAGUUCUCGCGUCAAUUUUUUCAGUAAAGUGGUUCAAACGGACGUUUUUACAAACUAUAGAAAAGUUGUUAGAAUCCUUCCCUUUCCAUUGUGGGAAAAUGUAAUUUAAAAAAAUCAACUUUAAAAUAACAAUUAAUGAUCAAACUAUUUUCGGUUUUCCAGAACAAGUUACUAACUGCAGCUGCGCCUAUCAUUGUAUUUUAUUUAGUUGAAAAGAUUUUAGCAUGAUAUAUAUUUAUUACAAGACGAAUAAUAUUGUAACACAUGGCUGCUGGCGUUUUAUUUGUGCAGCAGAAAAAAUGGAAGUAAUAAUUCAACAAUUUUAGUUUUUUUUACACCAUUGCUCAGCAUACAUGGCAAACGGAAAAAGGAUUAAAAUUUAAAUAGUACUAUCUCUCAAAAAUUGUAACUUCGAAUAUUGUAACAUUACUUUCAACUAAUGGCGAAUUUCAAAAAAGGUAACAAUAAAUUGGCUCAGAUUUUCACGAAUUAAAAGUUACUUUCAGUUAUCGUCUACUUUCGUACUAGAUAAAAAUCUCUCGGUGAGCAUUUUUAAGCCUCUUACAGUUCCUUAAUUUUAUUUUCUUUACAGUAUAUUUAUUAAACAAAGAGUAUUCUCUAACAGCCAAUGUACAUCGAAUUUAUUCACGGCUCAUUUAUUUAUUUAUUUAGCUUGAGUAGGAUAGCUACUAUUAUCUGUGAUCGGUAGAAUUCUAAAGGACCAUAUUCAGAUUCAGAUAUAUCGAAAAAAAAAACAAAACGGUUACUCAAUAAUAAUUAUUAGAAUUCACUUCAUUCUACUUACCAUAGUGCACUGAACCACUCAGGUAAUGGCAGAGAAGUAAGGUCGCACACCACGGAUCACCAAAGUAUCGUCGUGUCGUGAUCGAUAGAACGUGAGGCAAUGCUCAAUAAUGUUCUUGAAUCGAAAGUAUUAGAACUUAGAAGUGAAGAAAGUUUAUUCCCGAGCGUCUUAGUAGAAUUUCAAAUGUGAGUGAAGAAUUGAAUGAAUAAAAAAUCUACUCAUAUUAGUCAUUAUUAAGAAUGUAAUGAUUGAUUCUAAUUUAAUGGGAAUGAUGUACCCGGUGCUUGUAAUUUUCUAAUCUUCAGAUAUAGAAUCUUUGGUUCAUUCGAUAUAUACCUUCCUAAGCGUUUCUGAAAGUUUUGUCACAUUUAUUUUCGUAUGCUUUUGAAGUAAGGUCGUCUUAAAUUUGUAUGAACGCUAUAUAUUGUUCAUGAGAAAAUGCUAUGGAGUGAGAGUGUAUAAAUUAAAAAUGUCAUUUAAAUACAAAUAAGGAAGUGUUAUCUAUUUAUUCAUAUUUAUUCACAUGAACAUCUAGUUAAGAUAUAACA